AUGUCUGCUGUCUCACAUUCACCAUCGGCGCCAGCCCCCACUGAAGAGAGGACAACAUCGCCAUCGCAACACCCGUACAACGCGCCAACAUGUGACGUAUCAGCUGGAGGGCAGCAAGCAAUGUGGGAAGGUGGCACAGAGUAUCACGCCCAUUCUCCCAUUUCAAGUGAUUGCGAACAAGAGGACGACCACCUGGACGAUACGUCUACAACAAGCAUGGACCGAGCGAGUCAAAGAACCCUGAGGAGGACUACACGCAGUCGGCGCAUCCACCGGUCUUUAUCAGGGCUGCAAUUAGACCAAUCCGGCGCGGCAGAGAGCAAGGCUGACAGGACGCACGAUUUGCAGUCCUCGAGGAGAGGAUCGAAUGCGUCUCCUGCAUCAUCUGAGGAUGAGUGGGAGGAGUGCGAGCAAUACUCCAAUUCUAAGGCCCAAGACGAUCAGCAGGAGGAGACGAUGCAGCAUCAGAGUCGCCAUGCGUAUCCUUUGCAAGCGCCGGUCAGUAAUGGGAAUCUCAGUGGAACGCAAUUUGAAACCAAACUGCCAAAUGAGCGGCCCAAUCGAUCCGACCAAACGAGCAAAGACGUUCAAGCUGCUAUGAGAAGGUCGAAAGGUCAACGUCAGGUCUAUCCACUACAGUCUCCAGCGAGCAAAUCGCAUCUUGGAGGAUCACCAACGCCGCCUCCGUCUUCGCCAGAAAGCGAGUUUCGCCCGGCAAGCACGCAAAGUCAGAGGAGAGAUGAUGUGCCAAAAAAGAAGACCAAGAACAUUCCUAGCCGUCAAGCAUAUCCUUUGCAAGCACCCGCAAGCGUGGCCAAUUUACAGCGUCCGCUUUCGCCACCAACCUCGCCGGAGAGGUCAUCCGAAUAUGAGAGGGCUUUUAUGAGCGAGAGCGUCGGCAGUGUGGGAGGUCAAUCUCAGAGCAAGGCAUACAAGCGCCAACCUUAUCCUUUGCAGGCACAAGCGAGCGUUGCGGAGCUACAGCGUCCAACAUCUACGUCGUCUUCAAAUGCGAGCGAACUAGAGAAUGUACGCCAGAAGGAUGAACUACAGCAACACGAGGCGGCAGUGGCUUCGAAGGUCGUCAAUCAAUGGCGCGCGCACGCGCACGAGAAACAAGAACCAGUUCACCUACCGCAAAACAUGCGAGCGGCGUCCAACGGCAAAGACCACAACCAUGGAGGGCGGACCAUUGUCGUCUGCCUCGACGGUACGGGCGACAAAUUCGACAACGACAACAGCAACAUUGUGCAUCUCGUCAGUGCUCUCAAGAAAGACGCUGCCAACCAAGUCUCCUAUUACCAAGCGGGCAUUGGCACGUACGGCGAAGGUGGUCUCAGUGGUGGCUUCAGUGCUGCUAUGGACAUGGCAGUCGGGUCUGGCCUUGGCCUGCACGUCAGAGACGCCUACAAUUUCCUCAUGCACUCGUACAAGGAAGGCGACAAGAUCUGCAUCUUCGGCUUCUCACGAGGGGCGUACACCGCGCGAUGUCUCGCCGGCAUGAUUCAUAAGGUCGGGCUGCUGCCGGCUCGGAAUCUGGAACAGAUCCCGUUCGCAUACCAAUUCUAUGCCGAUGACACGGCGCAAGGCUGGAAGCAAAGCGAGGACUUCAAAUCCACAUUUUGUAUCGAUGUCUGCGUGCACUUUCUGGGCUGCUUUGAUAGUGUGGCGAGCGUGGGUCUCAUUCCACGACAGCUGCCGCUUAGCAGCACGCCGGGGAGUAAGCCUCGCUAUUUCAGACAUGCGAUGGCAUUGGAUGAGCGGCGAUCCAAGUUUAAGAUCUGUCGCCACCGAAAGAUGGACUGGGAAGACAUUGAGGGCACGGAAGACGAAAAGUCCACGCAUGUCAACUUGUCCGACGAGGAGUACAACCGACUAGUCGGCAACCACGACCCAUUCGAUACCGACGUCCUCGAAGUCUGGUUCGCCGGCGCUCACGCGGACGUCGGAGGAGGUGCUGUCCCCAACGCCGAGCGACACAAGCUGGCGCAGAUCCCUCUACGCUGGAUGAUCCGCCAGGCAUUCGAGUGCAACACCGGGAUCGUCUUCAAAACUGCCGUCCUCGCUGAACACGGUCUGGACGUGCACACGCUCUGGCCCAAUUACCGCAGUCUCAGUAUACCGGACUCUGGCCCGCCGGCCUCAAUGCUGGAAAGAUAUGAGAAAGGACUUCCUCCCAGAUCCAUCCGUCGUGGCAAAUUGGUUCCGUCCGACAGGCAUGAACAAGGCGAGCAGCUGCUGCAUCUCAACAGUCCCCACGACGACGACUGGACGCCCGAACAGCUCGAGGACUACUUCGAUGCGCUGGGAACGGUGAACGAUCAACUGGUGCAGGCGCCGAACUGGUGGAUCUUGGAGAUGUUGCCGGUGGAGUACAAAGUGCCCACUACGCCUGGCAAAUUCGUCAUGCAGAUGGGUAUGAACCUUGGCCGUUACCGGGGCGUGGAAGAUGUGCAGCCAAAGGUGCACUGGACAGUGGCGCAUCGUUCGCAGCAGCUGGGGUAUCAGAUCCAGGUGAGGACGGCGAAAGAUGUUACUUGGAAAUCGGUUGUUUGA